AUGGCCACGUGCAAACAUUUUGGAUUUCCAGAUCUGUUCAUCACGUUCACGUGUAAUCCAAAAUGGCCUGAAAUUACUAGGCAUUUACAAAGACAUAAUUUGAAAGCAGAAGAUAGACCAGACAUAUGCGCUCGAGUAUUCAAAAUGAAACUUGAUGAUCUCAUGUACGAGCUAACUAAAAAAAAUGUCUUGGGAGUUGUAAAUGCUGCAAUAUAUACAAUAGAGUUCCAGAAGAGAGGACUUCCUCAUGCUCAUAUCAUUCUUUUUUUGAGGCCCGAACACAAACUACCAACUGGUGAUGAUAUCGACAAGAUUAUAUGUGCCGAGAUUCCUGAUAAGGAAACUGAUCCUCAUCUAUACGAAAUUAUUGGUGAUGUGAUGAUGCACGGACCAUGUGGUGCUUUGGAUAGGGAUAGUGUUUGUAUGGCUGAUGGUAGAUGUACCAAAUUUUUUCCAAAGGCAUUUAGUCCUGUUACUAAAGUUGAUGAUGUUGGAUACCCGAUAUACAGGAGACGUAAAGACAAGAGAUUUGUAACGAGGAAAGGAUUCAAUUGUGACAAUGGUUAUGUGGUUCCGUAUAACAGAAAACUUUCUAUUCGAUAUCGAGCUCAUAUUAAUGUGGAAUGGUGUAUACAAUCGCGAUCUGUCAAGUAUCUUUUUAAAUAUAUUCAUAAAGGAGCUAAUUAUGUUCGCGCAGUAGUAGGCAAAGAUGACGAAGAUGAUGAAGUUAAGAAGCAUUUCAAAUGUAGGUAUAUAUCACCUGGCGAGUCUAUAUGGAGGAUCGAGGGUUAUGAUACACAUAGUCGUACAGUUUCUAUGACAAAACUCCCGUUUCAUCUGCCGAAUCAGCAAUUAAUGAUAUACAAUGAAGAUGAUCAUGCUGAAGAAGUGGUUGAACGUGUUACCGUUGGUAUGUCCAAAUUCAUGGCUUGGAUGGAAUGUAAUAAAGAGUAUGAAGAAGGUAGGUCUUUAACUUACGUAGAGUUUCCACGUAAAUUUGUUUUUGAUACAAAGUUAAGGAAAUGGAAACCAAGGAAGAAAGGAAAAGCUAUUGGUAGGAUCACCUAUGUUCCUAUGUCUGUAGGAGAGGCUUAUUAUUUGAGGCUCUUGCUCAAUAUAGUUAUAGGUCCAACGUGUUUCGAAGAUAUAAGAACGGUUAAAGGGCAUCAUUAUGAUACAUUCAAAGAAGUUUGCUUUGUCCUUGGGUUACUCGAUGACGACAAAGAAUACAUUGCGGCUAUAAAAGAUGCAAAUCUUAGGCUGUCUACUGACCAGGUUAAAAACCUUUGCUUAGCUGAGAUAGAGAUGCUUCUGCGUACUGUUGGAAGUUCUCUUACAGAUUUUUCAUGUAUGCCGUAUUCAGAUGAUUUGGAUAUGAGUAUACGCGGUAAUCCUCUUAUUCGUGAUGAAAGAAGUUAUGAUCAAGAUUAUUUGCCAGUUAGACAUGAUGAGUUGUUUGCCACGAUAACUGAUGAACAACGACUUAUCUAUGAUGAGAUUCUAGAAGCUGUUUAUUCAGGCUCUGGCGGAAGGUUUUUUGUUUAUGGUUCUGGUGGUACCGGAAAAACAUAUCUGUGGAGCUUAUUAGGAACCGCGUUACGUUCAAAAGGUGAUAUUGUUCUGAAUGUUGCACCAAGUGGAAUUGCUGCUUUGUUAUUGCAAGGAGGUCGAACGGCCCAUUCGAGAUUUGCAAUUCCAAUUGUUGUUAAUCGUUUUACGACGUGUGCAAUCAAAUCUCAAUCAAACCUUGCAGAACUGAUCGAUGCAUCUAAACUGAUAAUAUGGGAUGAAGCAUUAAUGAUGAGUAGGGAUUGUUACGAGACAUUGGAUAGAACCUUGAGAGAUAUAUUAAAAUGUGACAAGCCUUUUGGUGGUAAAGUUAUCGUUUUUGGUGGAGAUUUCAGGCAAAUUUUGCCUGUUAUUCCAAACGCAGGCAAAACAGAGAUUCUUAUGGCUACUUUAAAUUCAUCUCCCCUUUGGUUUGGAUGUAAAGUGUUGAGGCUUACACGUAACAUGCGAGUAAUCCCUGGAGACAACAGUCGUGAGAUGUGUGAGCUAGCAUCUUUUACAAGGUGGAUUCUUGAUAUCGGAGAAGGAAAAAUAAAUCCGAGUGAUAGCGGGGAAAGCGAAAACGAUAUUCCGAGUGAACUAUUGAUUAAUGAUUGUGAGAAUCCGAUUAAAGCUAUUGUUGAUGAAGUUUAUGGACAGGAUUUUCACAAAAAGAUCUAA